AUGGCCGGCUCUGAAGAUGAAGAAGACUACAUGUCCAUGGACUUCAGCAACAUCCGAACGGCCUCCCUCCCAGAGACCUCUCUGCAGCGCAAACAGCGCCUCAAGCGGGAAGCCGAGGUCCGAGGCCGGCCCAAGCCCAAAGCAGAGCUCGAAGCUGAAGAAGCAGCAGCGCGGGAACAAGCUCUCUCCACUUCUCUUUUGGAAACCGCAGCCAAGAAGUCCAAGGGCCUCUCCAUGAUGAAGAAGAUGGGGUUCGUAGCGGGGAAGCCGCUAGGGGCGGAGGAUAACGCCGGCGCGCGGGCCGAGCCCAUCAAACCCAGUCUGAAGGAGGACCGGGGCGGAAUUGGGCUGGAUUUGGAGCGGAAGAGGCGGUUGGAUGAGGAGGUGGAAAAGGAGGGGUUGGCGUGGAAGAAGGUCAAGGUUGUGGAUGCGGGGGAGUUUAGGGACAGGGUUAGGAAGGGGAGGGAACGGGAGAGGUGCGAGAGGUUGGUUUAUGCGGCGCAGAAGACGGCGGUGCAGAUGGAGGAGGAAAGGGAUACGGAGAGGAGGACUGCUCUCAAUACUGCCGCUACUACUGUUGGUAAUAACGAGGAAGAGGCAGGAGUGGGCGGCACGAAAGAGAAGCAGAACAAGAGAACCCUGUCCACGAAACCUCUAAAAAGCAUCAACGUCCUCUGGCGUGGUCUAGUCCGCAAACGCGAAGAAGCCGAGCGAGACCGCAGGAUGCGCUACGAUCUGCAACAGAGCCUGUCGCGACUGCCGACAUACGAGGACGACAAUGAAGACGAGGAUGAUAAGCAGGCGCUUGGGAAGACCAAGACAGCCUACCUCCCCGUUGAGGACCUCGAGGAGGAGGAUCCGGACCUGGACGAGUUUAGUGCGCUGGAGCCGGAUGAGCAGCUGAGAAGGUUGGUGGAAUACUUAAGAAAGGAGUAUCGGUAUUGCUUUUGGUGCAAGUACACGUAUCCGGAUGAGGAGAUGGAUGGGUGUCCUGGGUUGACGGAGGAGGACCAUGAUUGA